GGCGCACCCCUUCUCAAUGCUCCCAACCCUGGCGUGGCCCCCAUUGCCGCUGCGGAGCGACUUAGGGUAAAAUUGGCUGCACUUCAGCGAUGGCGAUUGCGGCAAGGGCGCUACUCUCGGCCGCUCUCGGGAGCACUAGGGCAGCAGGCGGAGGCGGCGGCUUCACCGGGCUAGGUAUCAGCAGGCAGCGGCAGCCUCAGCGGACGGUAUGCCAGAGAUUUCCAGUGUGGAAUAGUCAACGGGUAUUGUACUGCUCCAGUUCCUCUGUGCCCUCUAAUGAUGUAAUUGUUGCUUACCAGAAUGGAUUACCUGUCCUCUCGCUUAAUCUACCGUCAAGGCGAGAGCGCUGCCAGUUCACCCUCCGACCCAUCUCGGACUCUGUCGGGGUGUUUCUGAAGCAGCUGCAGGCGGAGGAUAAAGGCAUUGACCGAGUCGCCAUCUACACUCCAGAUGGAAAUCGAAUAGCUGCAUCAACAGGGAUCGAUAUCCUGCUCCUUGAUGACUUCAAGUUAGUGAUAAAUGACGUAGCUCACUAUGUGCAGCCACCAAAGAGAGAGAAAUUGGCUCAUGAAGAGGCGACGUCAAUGAAUGAUGUUAAAAUCCUCGUCCAGCAGCUCUUCACUACUUUGCGCAUCGAGGAGCACCAGCUGAACAAGGAGCGGGAGCUGAAGAGGCGGGUGGAGGAGCUCCAUGCUCAGAUCGAGCCGCUUGAGAAAGUCAAGUUGGAAUUGGACAGGAAGGCAGAGAAGCGAUCGACCUGGGUGCUGUGGGGCGGGAUGGCCUUCAUGGCGACACAGUUCGGGAUCCUGGCUCGCCUCACCUGGUGGGAAUAUUCCUGGGAUAUAAUGGAACCCGUCACCUAUUUUAUCACCUACGGCAGUGCAAUGGCGAUGUAUGCCUAUUUUGUCAUCACACGGCAGGAGUACAUUUAUCCUGAUGCCAGAGACAGACAAUACUUGCAUUUCUUCCACAAAGGAGCCAAAAAGACGAAAUUUGAUAUUGAAAAAUACAACAGGCUCAAGGAUGCGAUUGCUCAGGCCGAGUUGGACUUGAAACGUCUCCGGGAUCCACUCCAACUCCAACUCCCCAUUCAGCCUGUCAGUGACCAAGAGUGAAGAACAGCGGAGAUGACACCACCAUCCCCCUGUCCCUGCCACUCCUACUGACCAACCCGUGGAAUAUCUGGAAACGCUGAGACCGUGGCACUCUAUACCUUAUCAAAGCCAGGCCCCUGUGGGUCCUCGGGGUCCUACUGGCAGUGGGGAUGGGGGUUUGACAUCACGUUAAGAGGUCAGGUGCAUAGCGGAAUCCGAUUAUGUGGAAACAACAGUGCCGCUUUUCCAACUGAUGGCGUGUGGGCGGAUCGGAAUGCACGUUUCCUCUGCUUUUUUUUAAAAA